CACGAGGUCCUCCUCGCCCGAGGUCCGCGCGGCGCUGCGUGUUUGGCGUCCCGCGGCGGCCGGGGCCUCCGUGGACCGUCCAGCGCCCCCUCAUGCGUCUCCCCCUUUCUGCUCGCGCUCACCCUAAACCCCGCAGCGCCCACCUGCGUCCUCGCACCGGCCGGGUGCCGGUGCGGCCCGAGCCGCUCUCGAGGGGUCGAAUUCCGGGUCUGCAGGAGGCGGGUCUUCUUCGAACUCUAUGUCCCGUGGCAAUACGAGAGGUUUGGAUGAAAUUUUUUUCUGGAGCCCAUCUGAGGGCCUCUGAGCGUCUACACCGCCUUCAGCCUGGAGACUUUUCCAGAUUUUAAAUGGGGACUGAGCUGCUGUCUCACCAGAGGAGGAAAUUCCUUGAGACCAGGAACAGGAACCCAAGGGAAAGCACCGUGGUAAAAAUGCAGCUGGUGGGAAUUAAUGCACGUGUGUGUCGCCUACUGCAGGGAUCAGAGAUGGGAGCUGGUCCAGGGCACUGUGAUGGCGAGAUGGGGGACUGAAAAUGAGAUAUGCGCAACGUCCCACACAGAGACUGACCCACAAAACUGGAGACCAGAGGCCCACUCUCCGGGCACUCUAAGGAACUAAAAAGAAAAAUACAAUUUUUGAGGUGCACUGGUUUUCCGAGGAGCUGACCCACCCAGGAAGUGGACCCAGUUGAAUACAACACCAGACAGGGGGUCAGAGGCAGCAUACCAGCAGCAAAAACAAGAGAUGGGGAGAUGCAUCCCACCUGAGAGGACUGAAGAGGGCUUCCUGGAGCAGGUCUAAUCUCAGAGCUGAAGCUCGCUAUGCCCUGGGGCCACAUUGCUGCCAAAGCCUGGGGCUCCCAUAAGAGCCCCCCAGUUCUCUGCCUUCACGGGUGGCUGGACAAUGCCAACUCCUUUGACAGACUCAUCCCUCUUCUCCCAAAAGACUUUUAUUACGUUGCCAUGGAUUUCGGGGGUCAUGGGCUGUCAUCCCAUUAUAGCCCAGGUUUCCCGUAUGACCACCAAAACUUUGUGAGUGAGGUCCGAAGGGUUGCAGCAGCCCUGAAAUGGAACCGUUUUUCCCUCCUGGGCCACAGUUUUGGUGGCACUGUGGGUGGAAUGUUUUCCUGUAUCUUCCCUGAGAUGGUGGAUAAACUUGUCUUGCUGGAAUCCUCGCCAUUUAUCCUGGAAACUAACGAACUGGAGAACAUGCUGAGCUACAAGCGGAAAGCCAUAGAGAACAUGCUGCAGGUGGAGGCCUCCAAGAAGCCCUCCCAAGUGGUCAGCCCGGAGGAGAUGCUGCAGGGGUUCCUGAAGAACAACAGUCAUGUGGGAGAAGAGUGUGGGAAACUCCUACUGCAGAGAGGAACCACACAGGUGGCCACAGGUCUGUUUCUGAACAGAGAUCGGAGGAUCACUAGGCCAGAGUAUUACUUCAAUUUCAUCAGCAGGGAGCUGUUUGUGCAUUCCAUCAGGAAGCUGCAGGCCCGCGUCCUGUUCAUCAAAGCAACCCAAGGGUUUUACGAUCUGAGGAGAGAGAAUGAUGCCAACACGGAGCUCGUGCUAUUCGUGACCAGCUCACUGAGAUCCACCCUGAAAGAGAGGUUCCAGUACGAGCAAGUCCCCGGCAACCACUACGUCCACAUGAACCAACCCCAGCACAUGGCUGGUAUCAUCAGCUCCUUUUUACAGAGCAAGGAGAGGAUCCCAGCCCACCUGUAGCCCUGGGCCAGGGGCUACAGACGCCUGCUCAGCCCCAGACUCCCAGCUCCCAAGCCCAGGCCAGGCGUGGUGGGGACAGGGCCCCCUGGUCCUGAAGACCAGCGUGGCCGGAAGAGAAUCCUGUGGCAGAGCCGGCGCGGGGGGGACGGGGGGGCGGAUACAAGAUUCUGACGCUAACAUCUGUGACUUCAAGGGGGAGACGGUGUCUGGGUGUGGGAGUUACCUGUUUUGUGACUGGGUAGCAGGCAGAGGGAGGGGCUGGGAUAGGCCCACCGGCCUUUUGUAGCCUUCUCUUGCCGCCCAGCUGGAUGAAAAAUAAAAUGUUCUUGUAUUC